AUUGCGGGUAAGAACUAUGAUUGUGAAGGGUUGGGACUACAAAAACCUCCUGACAGCCUCCCGGACUCUACAGAGAUUCUGGAUUUCAGCUUUAACUCUAUGUUUGCCAUCUACCAUUUCACCUUUAGCCGACUGGAAAAACUGGAGUAUUUGGAUUUAGCAAGAAGCGGUAUUGCUUGGAUAUAUGAUGAUGCCUUCAGUAACAAUACAAGGCUAAAUACAGUUAUACUCACUGGAAACGGUAUAUUGUACAUAGCUGAAAGAGCAUUCUUAGGUGCAACAUCACUUCAACACCUCUACUUACAGAAAACAUUUAUAUCGGACUUGUGGCUUAUACCAAUGAAAAGUUUGUCUAAUCUGGAAACUUUGCAUUUGGGGAGCAAUUUUAUCACCUCUAUACAACUUCCUGAUGACACCCCUGUGACCAAAUUGAAGAUUUUAAACUUUGAGUUAAAUCAUAUCAGUAGAAUAUCAGUGGAGGACUCAGACAUUUUCAAGCACAUCAACAAUUUGACCCUCAUUUUAAAGGGAAAUAAUAUUGAGCACAUUGAACCAAACUCUUUCAAUUCAAGUAACUUACAUUGCUUGGAUUUGACUGCCUCAGCCUGGAACGUCGAUUUGUCUUCUGUUUUAAAAGGAUUAAAUGGCUUAAGAGCUGACAGUCUAAAAAUUGGUACCUUUAAUGACAUAGAUGUUGACAAGGAUGUAUCCCCAUUGGAUAUGAAUUUUCUUUGUGAUUUAUCAAUGAAGGAGCUCAGUCUUCAAUAUCGAACUUUUUCUGAUGAACAUAACACAUUUCCAUGUUUGGCCAAGACUGAAAAACUGGAUCUCACCUUUACAGAUUUACAUAGCUUUCCAGGGCUUGGCAAAGACAACACAUUAAAGGAACUGCUAUUAAACCUUAACAAGUUUUCCUCGCUUUGCGGUAUAAGUUCAGAAACAUACCCACUGAUCACUCACCUUCAUAUAGCUAGAAACAGGCAGACAUUAGAUUUGGGAGAUGGUUGCUUAAAAAGUCUAACCAGCCUUGUGUAUUUGGACCUGAGUCAGAAUAUUUUUAUGCAUCAAUCAUGUUGUAGCACUCACUUCAGGGGACUAGACAGCCUCAAAUUUUUGAAUAUGAGUUAUGGAAACCAAUUUACAUUACAAAGCCCAGCCUUACCAGAAACCAACAGGAUAGAGGUUCUAGACUUCUCAUAUAGUUAUUUAUCGAUUGAUAAAGCCUUCAGUCCUUUUAGUAAUUUAGUGGAUUUAAAAGUCCUCAACUUGUCUAACAGUUAUAUAGAUGCUAGCAACAGACAACUGUUUAAAGGUCUUCAGAACCUUGUUUUCCUAAACAUGGAGAAAAGUAUGUUCCAAAAUGGUGUUCUAGCAGAUAACAACUUGUUCGCCAACACUUUAAAACUUGAAACUCUCAUAUUAGCUAAAUGCAAGCUAAGGGAAAUUGAGGGUCAGGCAUUCAAAAAACUGAAGCAACUCAAUCACAUUGACCUAAGUGACAAUAAUCUGACUGUCUUUAGUACAAACCUGUUUGUGAAUUUGACAUUUAUGUCCCUCAAUUAUGCUUUUAACUUGAUCACAACCAUACCUAUUGAUUUCUUGAAAAAUAUUUCAGAUCAAAACACCAUCAAUUUAAGUCACAACCCCAUUGAUUGUUCAUGCUCUAACAUUGACUUUUUAUACUGGUAUAAGAAACACAUCAACUUGUUUCUGGACAAGGAAAACACAGUGUGUGGUUCUCCACCUUCAUUAGUGGGCACAGAGUUGUAUAAAGUGUCUAUUUCUUGUGGAACUUUUUUGUUGAAGGUCAUAUUGUGCAUAAUUUUUGCAGUGAUAACCAUUAUCUUAAUUAUAUGCUUUAUAAGAUUAUACAAGAAAAGAUUUUAUUUAUCCAUAUAG